AUGUCUUCACCACAGACAAAAGAAGAAAAAUCCAAUGAUUCCAACGGCACUAAAAAUCCGGAAAAUAAUAAAACUGUUGUGGAUACCGAGAGUGCCUCCUGUAAUCCCACAUUACCGGAUGCAGAUGCCGAGGGUACAGAUAUACAGCUUUUAAAGGGUGAUGCCAUUGGAGAUACCCUGUACAGUGAACGUUUCGUAUUGAAUACCUUGUUAAAAUUGGCCGAAGUUAAAAAAGAUCUGCAAAAUGAAGAGGAGGUGGAGCGGGAUUUAUGUUCCCUGUGGGAUAUGACAAUUGAAAGGGAUGUGGUAUUGUUCCUUUUGGAACAGGAUGUUUUGGAAAUAUUUUCCGGCAUCAUAAGGACCACAGAGGAUAAACGUCUAUCGGAAAUUUUGGUGGGCAUUUUGGCCAAUAUGUGUAAUGUACAAGAAACACGCGACCAAUUGGAACAGCAAGAAGAAACUGUACAGGUGCUGUUGGAACUAAGCUCCUGCUUAGAUUCCCUUACACUGGAACAAUUGAUGCGUCUCUUUGCAGUGGUAUUUGUCAAAGUGAAAGAGUCCAGCGUUACCAUGUGGUACAAUUAUCUGCUGAAAUGCGAUCAAUUUGUUAAAAAUAUUUGCUUUAUAUUGGCAAGUGCUGCCAAUAAUACCCUGGUCCUGCAGACCAUGGAAACCCUGAAUGCCAUAUUGGCCAAAUUUGCUGUAAUGGAUGAUGACGAUGAAGAUGGAAAGACGAAGGACGAUAUAAAAGUAUGUUGCCAGUAA